AUGACCUUGACCAACCUGACCAAUGAUCUCGUUGGUAAGAAGGUCUUGGUCAAAGUCAAUACCGAGACUGGAUCAGAUGUCAAUGGCUAUUGGUAUAGGGCAACGGUGACACAGGUCCAUUUGAGGAGAGGCAAGGCAACAUCUGCCAGUGUGCAAUUGGACCAUGAGGCAGGAUUAGCUGCGCGAUGCCAAGUGUGGAGAGAGAUCAAUGGUCUAAGACAGACUCAAUCGACGUCCAGUGAAAGACGGUCCAAGGCCAUCGACAACAAGAUCGAAGCACUGUUGGAGAAGGCCGCCCAUUCAAAGACCAAUCAGAUGUCGACCUAUCGUGUUGGAUCAAAGCAGAUGAUAGUACUCUCUGACCAAGUGUGUCCAUCAAUCGACGAGAUGUUUAAGGACAUCAUUGAUCGACUCCAAGGUCAGAAGCAGGUUGAUGAGGUGGACAGUGGCGAUGAUGACGAGUCGGCAGAUGAUGACAUCAACGAAGAUGAUGUCAUUGAUGAUAUCAAUGAUGACCAACUUGAUGUUGCAGAUGAAGAUGACAAAAACAACGAUGUUGCCGACAGUGACCCACUACUGGAUAACAGUGACCACGACCAAGAUGAUGAUGAUGACAGCAACGAUGACCAACUCUAUGAUAUAUUUGAUGAUGAUGAUGAUGACAACAACGAUGCCAAUCAGAUAGUUAAUCUGUUCACUAAAGCCAUGUCUGACCUGGAUGCUCUUGAGAAUGAUGGAGGAGCCAAGCAUUCCAACCUCUGUCUAUAUUGUCAAUGCUUGCCCUGA